CCCCUCCGCCAUUAUCCCACCCUUUCCUUUUCUAUCUGCUCGGCAUUCCGUCUAAUCUGGUACAUCGAAAUUUGAUACAGCAAAUAGGGUAAACGAUAGGAAACAACCAUGUCAGGAGGUUCUUCUCUCGACGAAAAAACCUCUUCGCUAGACCAUGGCUACAAGGCAAGCACUCUCGCAAUUGUCAAUUCGUCUUCGGCCGCAGAAAAAGCUGGUAGACCCCAUUUCUUUAUCGAAGAAUCUUCUAGUCACGGUGCUUUUGUAGGUGAACAAGGUGGGAAUGGGGCGCAGGUGACGAUCCAGGACGUGUGGGGUGCACCUGUCGAGAGUAAGAAUCCGUUGGGCUACUCGGUGGGCUGGUGGUCGGCUUUGUUUUUGAAUAUUACCAUGUUAAUCGGAACAGGUAUCUUUUCUUUUCCAUCAAGCUUAUUAAAAUCCCUCGGCUCCAUCGGUUUGACGCUCAUCUAUUGGCCUAUCGGUUUGCUCAUCUCUCUAGCUGGUAUCUCUGUUUAUCUAGAGUUUACAUCGUACUUCCCUUCCCGAUCGGGCGCGGAAGUUGUUUAUCUGGAGCAAGCGUACAGAAAGCCGAGAUUUUUCUUCCCUGUGGCUUUUGCGGUGCAAACUGUCAUCCUGUCUUUCGUCAGUAGCAACGCUAUCGUGGUGGCGGAGUAUAUCUUCAAGAUGACCGACCAUACCCCAUCCGACUGGGAAUCUAAGGGCGUCGGUAUCGCUGCACUUACGAUCAUCAUCCUCCCCGUUUUCUUCAGCACCAACAUCUCUCUCCGCCUUUCUAACAUCCUCGGUAUCGCCAAAAUCAUCACCCUCCUUAUUAUUAUCAUCCCCGGUUUCGUCGCCCUCGGCGGCCACUUCAAAGUUGUCCCCGAUCCUACUGCCAACUUUCACAACGCCUUUGAGGGCACGACGAAUAACGGAUACAAUUUGUCAAACGCUUUGGUGAACAUUAUCUUUUCCUAUGGAGGCUAUACCAAUUCAUUCAAUGUGGCCAAUGAAAUUAAAAACCCGAUUAGGACCAUUAAGUAUACGGCCAAUACGGCGGUUAUCUUUGUGGCCGUUCUUUACAUGUUGACCAACAUUGCUUACUUUGCCGUUUUGACUCAGGAGGAAAUCAAAGGGUCUACUCAGGUAACCGCUACCUUGUUCUGGGAGAAGCUUUGGGGUUCGAAAGUCUCCAAAGGCCUUACUAUCCUUCCCGUUCUGAGCGCAUCGAGCAAUAUCCUCAACACCAUUGUCGGUCACUCACGUAUGAUCCGAGAGAUCGGUCGACAAGGUGUACUUCCUUAUCCCAAGUUUUGGGUCACAACAUGGCCUAUCGGUACUCCUACUGGCGCCUUAUUCGCUAUCUGGUUCGUCUCGUUGAUCGUUAUAGUUGUUGUCCCUGCGGGCAACGCGUUCAACUUCAUCGUUGCCCUCCAAAACUACCCUUCCUCGUUCUUCCUUGUCCUCAUGACUCUCGGUCUCUUCAUUGUCCGCCGGGACCGUAGACGACUGAGUCUUCCUCGUCCCGAGUACAGAUCAUGGACGAUCGUCGUCCUCUUCUUUUUGGCUGCCAAUACCUUCUUAAUCAUCAUGCCUUGGGUACCGCCUACGGGAGGGGUCAACAACAGUUCGUUCGGAUUUUUCUAUGCGGCCUCGUCUUUGACUGGAUUGGGAAUCGUGUUCCUCUGUGGAUUCUAUUACGUCCUCUGGUCCAAACUGCUCCCCAAAUGGAAAGGAUAUAAGCUGCGCCAAACAGUUAUAACCCUCGCCGACGGCGCGCUCACACAUAAGAUGGUUAAAGUCAAGAAUGAAGAUGUUGACGCUUGGGAUGUUACGCAUGAUCCUUCUGGAAGGUUAUUGAAUGAAGAUGAGGAUUUGGUCGAGAUAAAUGAGGAACACGCGUCCUUGAGAGAUUUGAAAGAGUAGAGAGAAUGAGGAUUUAGAUUUCGUGUUUCCUUUAAUGAAUAUUUCUAAUGGGUACGUGUGUAUGGCGGGCAUUGGCAAGUAGUAAAAGGUAACAAGAUGCCGGCUUUGGUUAUUGGAGGUUGGGCUAUAAAUUUUUUCUCUGUUCCCUCGGAUAUUCUUGUGAAAUGAUGUAAAUGAG